UUAUUCAAUUGCGUUGAAGCGUUCACAUCCACAGCAAACAUAAUGUCGAAAAUUGUGCUUUAUGGAAUUGAUCUCAGUCCCCCCGUCCGUGCUGUUCUCCUGACGCUCAAAGCACUGGAAUUACCUUACGAAUACAAGGAGGUUAAUCUUGGAACUGAGAAUCGCACUCCCGAAUAUCUGAAGAAGAAUCCGCAAGGCACAGUACCACUUCUCGAUGAUAAUGGCACAUACGUGUAUGACUCGCAUGCCAUAUGCAGUUAUCUGUGCGAUAAAUACGCCAAAACAGACUCUCUUUACCCCAAGGAUUUAGUUAAGCGAUCAGCUGUCAAUCAACGUUUGUUCUUCGAUGCCAGCGUCAUUUACAUGUCGUUGUGGAACUGCAGCAGCGUCUUUUGGCGCAAGGGAGUCACAGUCGUGUCCAAAGAGAAGACAGAUAAUAUUCAUGAGGCUCUCGCGCUCACCGAGGCUUUCCUUGAUGAAAAACCAUAUAUCGCUGGAGAUGCAUUAACCAUUGCCGACUUUUGCUGUGCCGCCACUGUGACAGCGAUACCAGCAGUAUUGGAUAUUGAUCCAGUGAAAUAUCCAAAGGUCACCGCUUGGAUUGCCCGUCUUAAUAAAUUACCAUACUUUGAGGAAGCCAACAAUGUGGGCAACACUAAAUAUACCACUUUCAUGAGAAGGUCCUGGACAAAAGUAGAGGUCUAAAAUAACUGAAAAUGCGAAUAAAUUUAGUUUACAGCUGUUUUUAAAUUA